GAAAGUUUACGCAAUCUUUUUUUAAUACACACCACAAUAGCGAAUUAGAAAAGGGUAGUGGGGGUACCAGUGUUCUAACAUAGAAGAAUACAUGUGAGUGCGUCUUACUGCUAAAGUGACAAGAAGAGACUUAAAUGUAUCUUAAAAAAUGAUUAAAACAGUAGUUUUGUUUGUUUGCAUGGGUACUGUGCUCAGUCAGAAUGUAAAAAUAAUAAGACAAGAAGGCAGCAUAGACGAAAAAACUGCACAACACAGCUAUCUGUAUGAAACGGAAAACGGGAUUUACGAGGAUCAACAAGGAUUCCCUAAGGACUCCCACAAUCUGGCCGUCCAAGGACAACAACAAUUCACGGCCCCAGAUGGCCAAGUAAUAAGACUUUCAUACACUGCCGAUGAAAAUGGUUACAGACCUCAGGGAGAUCAUCUCCCCACCCCACCUCCGAUUCCUCCAGCGAUUUUGAAGGCGCUCAAGUGGUUGGAGAGUCAACCCCAAGAAAAACAGGAACCGGAAAUAGACUACGACAACCCAAAAGAAGAUUUGAGCUUUUUGUUACCCCCUAAAAAGUAGAUGUUUAGGUUUAUUUGUAUGUUGUUUAUGUACGGACAUAUGGGCCAAAAUCAUUUUUUACAUUUUUAAGAUUUUGGCCCAUGUAUGCUCUCUAAAAAUGAAUUAGUCGAAAAUGACUAAUUUAAUAGUUAUUAGUGGC